CUUCCAAAAAAAUAACAAAUAUGAGUGUUCCAGCUCCCGCUUUGAAGAAUCAGCACCAAGACCAUUCAAACAACAACGAAGAAAUGAAUCAUCACAAUGAAGAAGAAAAGGUUAAUUGAAAAUAAGGGAGAAAAGAAAUUUCAGCAGAACGAAGCUGUUAAUUUUUAUAACCAAUUGAGAAUAAAAUACCUUAACAGAUCAGAUGGAAAUAACUUCUCAGAUUCUAAUUCGUCUUUUGCAUCAGAGUCUGACUCUGAUCCUUUUCAGCUAAUCAAUGAGAAUAAAGAUGAAGAAACGAAUGACAAUAUGUUCUCUCCUAUUUAUAGAUAUGAAUAUGGAGGAGUUUUGAUUUAUGACAUAAACACAACUAUUCCAGGCCAACCAGUUCCACCAUUUGAUUGCGAACAUUUUUCAGAGCAAGAACAAUCUCAAUUUUUCUUUAAGACUGCCAAAUCUUUAUCUUCAAAGCCAAAGUCUUUAAAGAGAUAUAUAAAAUAUGAAGAAAAAGAUCAAAAAUAUAAUAAUAUUUAAAUCAGACCCUGAUAUUCCAUGUAAAGAGCUUCCUCCUCCUGGCAAUAAUAACUGAUUUUCUCGGACCAUUCAUGGGAACCGAUUUAGAAAAUCAAAUAAUGAGAAAUUGACACAGAAUACAUCUCAAUUCAGAGAUAAAUAACAUAGAAGAUAAUCCUUUUAACUCAAGAUCUUCAAAUAUCUUAAGAGAAAAUACUCAUCGUGGGAAGCUAAAGAAGGUGACACUAGAAAAUUCCCAAAUAGCUUAUAAAGGAUCUUACAAAGAUCUCCCAAAUUUAUCUUUCUCAAAUGAUGCUCAGUCUAAGCCUUCUAGCAAGUUAACUUGUAUCUUUAAAAGCAAAAUUAGAGCCUCCAAGGAUAAAGACCUAAAGUCUCAAAUUAAUGAAACCCUACCCGAUAAAAGCUUAUUUAAUAAGCCUCCGAAUGUAAAAGGAAUUAUAAACAAGAAAGUGACUUUUCAAAAGAAUAGGACAUUUGGAAAUGAUAAGAGGAAAAUAAAAUUAGUUAUUCCUCCUGAUGAUCAACUUCCAGUCAGAUUCGAGUCUCGAUUUGAAAAUGGAAAUCUUAAAUAAAGCAGUUAAGAUCUCUGAUACCGAGUAUAACUUGAUUCUAAAUUUCGACUACAAUACUGGCGGUCAUACUCAAUGGUUUUACUUCAAAGCGAUGACAAAACUGAGUGAGGGGACUGAGGUAAAGUUCAACAUCCUGAAUCUCAUGAAACCGGAUUCUCUAUACAACUAUGGCAUGAAACCAUGAGUGAGAUCACGGAAGAGACCUGGACGAGGGUGGCAUCGUGACUGCCAUGAUAUCAAAUACUUCCGCAACAAUAUUUUGCGUAACCGUAAUAAAAUCCCAGGAGAGGGAGUAAAAUCUCGAGGGAGGCUAGCCCAAUACUAUUUCUUCACUUUGAGCUUCACAUACACAUUAAGAGUAGAUAAUGACGAUGUGAGUUUUGCUCAUGCAGUUCCAUAUACCUAUAAUGGAAACUUGCUUCCUUUCCUGCAACAAAUCGGGAAAGAGCCUAAGUUCCACAAUUAUCUAAGAAUUGGAACUCUGUGCAAAACACUGGCGAGGAAUGACUGAAAAAUGAUGAUUAUAACUGAAGACAUCAGUACUUAUCGUGAUUGAACCAAAGAACUAAAAUGGAUGAUGAAGCACCAACAUCUAAGAAAAUAAUACUUUUAACAAAGUAGAGACAGAGGAAAGAUUUCUUGAAUAUCAAAUCAAUAAGAGUGUAGACAAGCCUCACACCAAAAAGCUAAGCAAAUUAGAAAAAGAUUGAAGGAAAGUGUAUAGAAAUCAUAGGCAUAAGAAAGGAAUCGUGAUUUCUUCAAGAGUGCAUCCAGGUGAAGCUCAAUCUUCCUGGGUAGUUCAAGGCUUCAUUGAGUUCUUACUUAGUAACGAUCCUAUUGCUGUAGAGCUUAGAAGGAACUAUAUUUUCAAAAUUAUCCCAAUGCUCAACCCAGAUGGAGUAAUUUAUGGGAAUUAUAGAUGAUCCCUUCUUGGAUUUGAUCUCAACAGAAGAUGGCUAGACCCUAACAAGCAGCUCGACCCUACAAUAUAUUUCGCAAAAAGAAUGAUAAAGGUAUUUCAAGAAGAAAGGGAAGUCCAGUUGUAUUGAGAUUUGCACGGCCAUUCAAGGAAAUAAGAAUGCUUUUAUGUACGGAUGAGAUCAUUCGUAUAAUGAAAGUCGAUAUAAUAACUUUUUGCUGAGAAUAUUUCCUGCAAUAUUCUCACAUAUUAACCCAGUAUUUCAAUUUGAGAAAUGAAACUUUAAAUGUGAGAAAGCCAAAGAAAGAACAGGGAGAAUCGUUUGUUUUAAGGAAUUAGGUAUCAACCAUUCUUUUACUCAAGAAACUACAUUUUAUGGAAGGGAUGGAGACAAGGAUGCAAAUUUAGAGGAGGAUCUGCAUAUGUCUAUUACAGAUUUCAAGAUUCUCGGGGCUGAUCUUGCUAAAACGAUAUCUUUUUAUCUGAAUCCACAAUUUUGUGUAAAUUUGCAAAAUGAAUCAUUGAAGUUAAAAAUUGAUCAUAGAAGGAAUGUAAUAAAUCCAGGAUCUUUGCUAGCUGAUGUAUCGACAAAUGCUGCGAAGCUAGAUAAUCUAGAAUCCAGGCCUCAGACUUCGUAUGAAGUAACAAACAAAGAAACUGUUAUCCCUGAAGGGCAUCACCAGAUAUUUGUAAAGGUCAUGCAAUCUCUCAACAUUUCAUAUGAGAAACCUGAGGAAGACUCAGACAAUGAAACAUUUUCAUCUAGUUCAGAAGAUGAAGAUGCUGAUCUAAUUCAUGAUCAACUCAAAGAUUUGAAUACAGAUGACAAAGAUGAUAAGCCUUAUAGAGAAUUUAGAAUAAGAAAUCGACAAUCUAAAACAACAAUCCUUAAAGCUAAGAUGAAGGCAAGACAAAUUGAAGCAAAGCAAUCAAUAUCACAAAAUAAAAUAGCAAAUACUCACACAGUGUCUAGCGCGAGUAAAGCAAGCCAACGACAGAAAAUUAAAGAGGGAUUUGAUAAAUCAUCUGAAAUAAAAACCCCAAUACUCAGGCACCAAAGUUUGAAAAAACAGACUCCAUAUGGCAUCUCGGUCAUCGACAAUUUCAAUAUUCAACUGUUUGAUAGAAAUUCUAGAGAGAUAAAAAGUCCUUUAGUCACAAUGCAAAAGAGCAUUUCUUCUUGCGAUUGAAAUCAGAAAAACACUACCGAUAUUUCAAUUGAUAAUAGGCAAAGAGCAAAUAAUAUCAACAUUAAAAUAAGUGAUGAUCUAAAUAAUUACAACAUUAAUGUAAAGAACACUGCAUUUCAGGAUGUACAGGAUCGAGAUUCAUAUGUCCAACCUCCUUCAUAUUCCAAGCCAAUCUCUCAAAUGAAAAAUCAUAAUCCUGAGUUUUGAAUCUCUGGUGCUACUAUACACGCUUCUAUUGAUAGGUAUCCCCAAAUAGAAAAACAAACGAGGGAAAUACCAAGGUUUAAAACAAGAAAAUUUAAACAUGGGAAACAGAGGCAUAGAAAAUACAAAAAGCAUAUAAAACUUGACCUAAACUACUCUAACAACUCCAAAGAAUUCCAAGUCCUUAACUCCUCCAACCAAACCUCUACCAACUCCAAACCCUCCUUCGACCUCCUAAAAUCCCUCACCACCUCCCAACCCCCUAUCUCCAAAUAACCCUCCUAAACCCCCCAAAAAUCCCCCAAAACCCCGUUCAAAAAUCCCUCCAGUGGCCACCCACAUCUCCAAAAACCCACCCAGCUGCUACAACCCGUACACCAACACCGACCAAGUAAUUCUGAAACCUAGUGGGGCUAGGAAGGGAACUGGUCUGAAAGCUCCAGCAGAAGGGAGUACUGUAGAGACUUUGUACCAGGAAGUUCAGAAGUUCUUGAUUGAUAGUAAUAAAAAGUAGAAUGUUAAUCUGAAGUAAAAUCCAUUCAAUUUA